GGUGGGUUUUGCGAUUCGGGGUUGCGCGGAGAGAGGAUUGGUUAUAAAUUGAAGCGGAAGGGGGGGAAGUUUUGGUUUGCAUUGGAACAGGAUUGGGGCGGCGUUUUGCUCGGUCCGUUUCCCCCAAUCCGCCAAUCCCCAGGUGGGUGUGUCCUUCAUGAUGUCCGAAGGGUAUUACAGUUCGAAGAAGACCGAUGACAUAUGCGAGGACGUCUGUGGCCAGGCUCGUGCUGCAUUGAGCAUGUCCAGACUGCGUUGUAUGUUGCGAGGUCUGGAUCUCAGAACGUAUAUUCUCUUGUUAAUCGUGAUCCCUCUCGGCAUCUUCACCCUGUAUUUGCAUGGGCAGAAGGUCUCGUAUUUUCUCAGACCUCUUUGGGAAUCUCCGCCUAAGCCAUUUCACGAGAUCCCGCAUUACUACAACGAAAACGUGUCUAUGGAGACGCUGUGCAAACUUCAUGGUUGGGGAAUCCGUGAAUCUCCGAGGCGGGUGUAUGAUGCAGUUCUGUUCAGCAAUGAACUUGACAUCCUCACUAUUCGAUGGAAUGAGCUGUUUCCCUAUGUGACGCAGUUUGUUCUCCUCGAGUCGAACUCUACGUUCACUGGUUUGCCUAAGAAGUUGAAUUUCGCGAGCAACAGGGACAGGUUCAAUUUUGUUGUACCUCGGUUGACCUAUGGAAGGAUUGGAGGACGAUUCAAGAAGGGAGAGAACCCAUUCGUUGAAGAGGCAUAUCAAAGAGUAGCCCUUGACCUCUUACUUAGAAGAGCCGGCAUCAAAGAUGAUGACUUGUUGAUAAUGUCGGAUGUUGACGAAAUCCCCAGUGCCCACACAAUCAAUCUUUUGAGAUGGUGUGAUGAUAUCCCACCGAUUCUUCAUUUGCAGCUGAAAAACUACUUGUACUCUUUUGAGUUUCAUCGGGAUAACAAGAGUUGGAGGGCUUCGGUUCAUCGCUACCAGACGGGCAAGACCAGAUAUGCGCAUUAUCGGCAGACGGACUACCUACUUUCUGACGCAGGUUGGCACUGUAGCUUCUGUUUCCGCCACAUUAGCCAGUUCCUAUUUAAGAUGAAAGCUUACAGCCAUAACGAUCGGGUUAGGUUUUCCCAUUAUUUGAAUCCGAAGAGGGUUCAGGAUGUUAUAUGUAGAGGCGCCAAUUUGUUCGACAUGCUGCCCGAGGAAUACACGUUUAAGGAGAUAAUCGGGAAGAUGGGGCCGAUUCCUCAUUCUAGUUCUGCCAUUCAUCUCCCUGCUUACUUGCUCAAUCAUGCAGAAGAGUACAAAUUUUUGUUGCCCGGAAACUGCAAAAGAGAAAGGGAGUGACUGAUGAGUUUCUUUCGAUUAUUGAGGCUCUUUCUCUACAACAUUGAAGAUGAUUUGGUUCGCAAAGGAUGCAUCAAAUGUGAUACGUCAUUCAGGGUAGUAUUUGUGAAGAACCAGACAAAUAGCUGUAUAUCAAGGAGAAUCUCGUGUAUGUCUAUGCACUCUCCCAGCUUGAGGUUCUUGAACGGCGGUUCUUAUCAAUUUUCCAUGUGAAGAACCUGCUUUACAGAGAAUGGCUAGCUCUUGUGGCUGUGGAAGAUCUUCUGCAUACCGCCUAGUGUUUUAGACUAGCUUGGGAAUGCACAUUGUUUCCCAGCUUUACGUGCUCUGGGAUUUUUGCUCGAGUAGUUGUCAUUGAUAGAUGAUCAUUUGUAUAUUCUGAUUUUCUGCCAAACUCCCUUCCAUCUUGCUAAUUUAAUUCUUUUUUCAUUCAAA